CGAUUAUAUAAAAACCACCAAAUUUUCUCAAAAUGCCGUUAAGCAACAUUGAAGAAAAACUUAAAUUAGCAAAAAACAGACUGCUUGAACUUGAUAGGAAGGAAAGUUUAAUAGAAAAGAGUACACCGUCAGAGAGUACAACGACAGAAAAUGCAACGACGACACAAGAGUCAGGAAAAAUUGUAGUCUUUAGUGACGUGUCGCUUGAAAGAUACCGCAAGUUUCAUGGGGAAGGGAAACUGAAAAGGUCUAACAUUUACGUCCGUCUAGUUAGGGGAGAAGUCAUUGCAUACGAAAUGCCUAGUUCUGUUCGCGGAUUCGUAGCACUAGAAUUGGCUACUAAGUUAAAUAAUUGGAGCAACCAACUUAACGUUCUUAGUAAAUUGGACAUUACCAUUGGUAAUAACAGUGAGUAUUGUGCUGAUGUUGUAGCUGAGCCAAGACAAAUCCCGCCACCUGCACACGGAUAUGAAGCGCAACCAACAAUCAUUAUAGAAGUGGCAAAAUCUGAGACUCUCAACAGUUUGAACGAUCUGACGGCAGAUUACUUUUCAACUUCUACACAGACAAAUUCUACUCAGGUUUAUUUGGCGAUAAAGAUAUUUCCUCGUCGGCAGGACUUAACUGCAGCAAUGCUUGCGAUUCUCUACUUACGUAACAACCAGGUUCCAAAUCCGGCAGCAAAUUUUCCAAACCCUUCACCAAAUAUACCACCCAUGAUAGCAAUGGCGAACACGAUACCAAAUAUUGCAAUAUCAUUUGGAACGGCGCCACUUAAUUAUCAACGAGCAGCGUUUUUUAUUAACAAUACUGGUAUACGAAAUGAUAGGCUGACUGGAUUCGUACAAAGAAAUGAUAUUCCUUGUACACGAGUUGGUAUGCAAGAUUACCAGAUAACUAUCCCCGCGAACUUGCUUUUUCCCGGGGGUGUUCCCGUUGGUGUACCAAAUAAUUUCGUAAUAGACCUGUGGGAGGUCCAGCAAAAUGCUUUGUAUUAUCUGGUGUGUAUUGCUUUCACGCUUCUCUGAUAUAUUAUUAUCAGUAUUUACUAACUUUUUUAGUGACCACCUGGACAGUAAGCUUGUAGGUAACUUGCAUUUUUAGGGAUAUUAAAUCUUCUAGGUAUUCACCAUAUUCACCUCAAUCUGCUUUUGCUUAUAUCUUUCCCAAAUCGCAUAUUUAAUAAUUUUUUUUUAGAUAACUAUUAGAAGUUUUAGAAAAUCAUUAAAACAAGUGCAUUUUUAAGUCUAUAAUAAAUUCACAUAAACAAGUUAAAAAAUACAAGCCCAAUAUAUGGUUUUUUUAGCUUAAAAUA